CUGGAUCUAGAGGCUCAAGUGGUGCCUGUCCUACUGUCACGUGGUGUGCGUUGUUUUCUUAUCACGUGGCUGCCACCCAGGUAAGAAGAGGCCGCUCUUCCUGGGUAUGGGGUCCUUUCUCGGCAUUACUUGCGGCCUUUGAUAUUCAGCCCUCCUCUAGCAGCGUAGGCUGCAUGAGGGGGGUGCGGGCUCCCGCAGUCCUGCUCGGCGGAGGGGUGAGUGACCUGCCCCGCCCCCCUGGACCUCGAGGCCUUGCCCACCACCACCCGUACCCAAAUCCGGGGAGCAGUUGCCUGGGGUAUUUGUGGGGAGACACCAAAUUCACUGCCUGCCCCCAGGCUGCUCUGCUCCUGUCUCUUCUUUGGAUGCCGGCGCUGCUCUCCGUGGCCUCCCGCCUUUUGUUGCUACCCCGAGCCCUGCUGUCAAUGGCUUCAGGAAGCCCCCCUCCCCAGCCCUCGGCGGCCUCUGACUCCGGCUAUGUUCCUGGUUCGGUCUCUGCAGCCUUUGUCACCUGCCCCAAUGAGAAGGUCGCCAAGGAGAUCGCCAGGGCAGUGGUGGAGAAGCGCCUGGCAGCCUGUGUCAACCUCAUCCCUCAGAUCACAUCCAUCUAUGAGUGGAAAGGAAAGAUUGAAGAAGACAGUGAGGUGCUGAUGAUGAUUAAAACCCGAAGUUCCCUGGUUCCAGCUUUGACAGAUUUUGUUCGCUCUGUGCAUCCUUAUGAAGUGGCUGAGGUGAUUGCAUUGCCUGUGGAGCAGGGAAACUCCCCAUACCUGCAUUGGGUGCACCAGGUUACAGAGUCAGUUUUUAACUCCAACACAGCUCUACCGUGAUCAGCCCUGCCCCUGCCAUGUUCCCCUCAUAUACUUCCAUGCUCUGACUUCCAGAGGAUGACUGGGCUUCUAAUAAAUCCUGUCUUUGGUUCUUUC